GAGAGGGCGCUGUCCCUGGGCGGCACGAGUGCGGUUCUCUUUCCCCCGCUCGGGCCCCGGGGCCGGCGGCGGGGCGGGCGCCCUCGGCGGCGGCGGGUCGAGGGCAGCGGCCGGGCCAUGGCCACCAUCCAGUCUGAAACCGACUGCUAUGACAUCAUCGAGGUCCUGGGUAAGGGGACCUUUGGUGAGGUGGCGAAGGGCUGGCGCCGGAGCACGGGCGAGAUGGUGGCCAUCAAGAUCCUGAAGAAUGACGCGUACCGUAAUCGCAUCAUCAAGAACGAGCUGAAGCUGCUCCGCUGCAUGCGGGGCCUGGACCCGGACGAGGCCCACAUCAUCCGCUUCCUCGAGUUCUUCCACGACGCCCUCAAGUUUUACCUGGUCUUCGAGCUGCUGGAGCAGAACCUUUUCGAGUUCCAGAAGGAGAACAAUUUUGCGCCCCUGGCGGCCCGCCACAUCCGCACGGUGACGUUGCAGGUGCUCCGGGCCUUGGCCCGGCUCAAGGAACUGGCCAUCAUCCACGCGGACCUCAAGCCCGAGAACAUCAUGCUGGUGGACCAGACACGGUGUCCCUUCAGGGUCAAGGUCAUUGACUUUGGCUCGGCCAGCAUCUUCAGCGAGGUGCGCUAUGUCAAGGAGCCCUACAUCCAGUCCCGCUUUUACCGGGCCCCGGAGAUCCUGCUGGGGCUGCCCUUCUGCGAGAAGGUGGACGUGUGGUCGCUGGGCUGCGUGAUGGCCGAGCUGCACCUGGGCUGGCCGCUCUACCCGGGCAACAAUGAGUACGACCAGAUCCGCUACAUCUGCGAGACCCAGGGCCUGCCCAAGGCCCACCUGCUGCACGCCGCCCGCAAGGCCCACCACUUCUUCAAGCGCAACCCCCACCCGGAGGCCUCCAACCCCUGGCAGCUCAAGUCGUCGGCCGACUACCUGGCGGAGACCAAGGUGCGCCCCCUGGAGCGGCGCAAGUACAUGCUCAAGUCUCUGGACCAGAUCGAGACGGUGAACGGCGGCGGGGCGGCGGGCAAGCUGGCGUUCCCGGACCGCGAGACGCUGGCCGAGUACGCGGACCUCAAGAGCAUGGUGGAGCUCAUCAAGCGGAUGCUGACGUGGGAGUCCCACGAGCGCAUCAGCCCGAGCGCCGCCCUCCGCCACCCGUUCGUGUCCAUGCAGCAGCUGCGCAGCGCCCACGAGGGCACCCGCUACUACCAGCUGUCCCUGCGCGGCUGCCGCCUCUCGCUGCAGCUGGAGGGCCGGGCGCCCGCGGACGAGGGGCCGCCCUACUACCGCCUGGCGGAGGAGGAGGAGGGCAGCGGCGGCGGCGGCAGCGGUGGCAGCGGUGGCAGCGGGGGCGGGGGCACCUACUACCGGGAGGAGAAGGCGCCCGGCGUGCAGAGGGCCAUCGACCAGCUGGACGACCUGAGCCUGCAGGAGCCCGGGCGGCUGUGGGGCGAGGGCCGGGCCGGGGCCUACGGCGCCACCGAGCCCGCCGCCGAGACCCUGGUGCUGCCCAAGGGCGUCAGCCGGCGGGGCCGCGAGCCCGGGCCCGAGCCCAUCCUGGCCUUCUACGGCAGCCGCCUCACCGGGCGCCACAAGUCGCGCAAGCACCCCGCCGGCUCCAAGUCCGACCCGAACUUUGGCAACCUCAUCCGGCUGGGCCAGGCCUCGCCCGAUGAGAGCGGGCCUGGCCGGGGCGGCGGCUGGGAGGAGGGGGAGCGGCGCGGGGCCUCCGCGGACCCCCCGAUCGUCCCGCAGCUCGACGGGGACGGGCCCGACGAACGGCCGGGGGCCAAGGAGCUGACGCUGGCCGCCGAGAGGGCCGCCCCGGAGCUGUACGACGCGGGCGCACCCCCCCUGCCCCCCUGCCCAGGGGAGUGGCUAAGCGACCCCGACUGGAGCUUGGAGGGUGGCGGGGGGGCCCGGGGUCAGGCCCCCCCGCCCCGCCACCCACACCCCCACGGGCCUCCCCGGGUCACUGGCUUCCUCCAGCACGUCGGCGGGCAUCACUGAUGGACACCCCCCUCCCUGGGCCGUGCCAGCCACGACCUGGUGCCUGCUUCGUUUGACUCGUCCCUCGCCCUGAGAUGCGCUUACCUAGAAAUCCAGAUUAUAGUUACAGAAAAAAUAAAUACACAGAGAUUCCCCCCACCCCAACCUCCACCCCCCCUCCAUCCCCAGCUAUUGUGCACCUGAGAGGGCCCUGCCAGGCCAGCCUGCGGGACCCCCCUGUGCAAGGAGGGGUGCCCAGGGAAGGGGUGGCUGCCGGGGCUUGGCUCCGUGACCCCUCCCAUCCCCCCAGCUCUGCCUGUUUCCAUAAAGGACUGUUCAGCUGC